AUGCGGGCGAUAGUUCUGAUCAACUCCCUGGUUGCCUUCACAGCGUUGUACGUGCAAGCAUACAAUGUGAUACGUGAAAAUGUUGCUCAGUAUGGAGUGGCCACGCAGUCGAGCACAUACCUUUACCGGUCUGCGAACGCAUCCUUGGCCAUUGACGGGAACAUGUCGUCUUCCAUUGGGAUUUGCACGAGCACUAUCUACGAGGCGCAUCCCUGGUGGAGCCUGGAUCUCAAAGUUCGGAUGCCCGUGUAUGCAGUCACGAUCACCUUCCGUGACAUCUUCCUUUAUAAAUUAAUCAACCGGUGCCAACUGCUCUUUGGGAAUUCGAAUGACAGCAGUGCGGCCGACAACAUUUUCUGUCAGACUCUGAGUAUUGCCAAGGCGAACACCACGGCUACUUUCAACUGCAGUGGGCAGGCCGCGCGUUUCAUACACAUAGUGUCCAAGGAGGACAACUUCCUCAACCUGCAGCUGUGCGAGGUCCAGGUGUCAACAAUUCCGCUCCAGCCAAACAACGGCCCCGUGAUCUAUGGAAGCGCACAGCAGUCGAGCAACGCCAACACCCGUUCGGUGGCCUCGCUGGUCCUCGACUCAUCGAGUAACGUCAACUUCUGCCUGGGGUCGUGCAGCCAGACGGCCAAGGAGUGGGAGCCCUGGCUGCAGCUGCAACUCGACCGCUCGUACAUAGUCUCGAGCGUGGGCAUCGUCAACCGCAAUGACACUCAGGGGCUCCGCCUCUUCGGAGCCGAGAUCCGUGUGGGCAACUCGGAGGCCAACGGGGGCAAGGAAAACGCACUGUGCGCUGAAGACAUAUUUGUGCCUCUGGGAAGAUUACGCGACUAUCCAUGCCCCUUCCUAAAGGGCCGCUUCGUCACCAUAAUCAUCCCAGGCAGAGUCGACUCGUUGAGCCUCUGUGAAGUGAAAGUCAAUCUCAACACCGAUGGCAUCAAUUUCGACAUCCUCUACUGAGACACCAUCGCCACAACCAACUAAAAUAACAUUACAACAACCAUCAACGCCACCAAACCAUCUACAGAAAGAAGAAUGCCAUGACCAAAAGCAUUUAUUCUAAAACAACAACGCCAACAGAACCACAACUACCACAACAGCCUCUACUUAGAAAACACCAGCACGCACUACUGAGAUUAUGACGCAACCACCACAACCAACAUCUGAGACAUCUAAAUCUUAGACACUCCACAGCACUAAAGCGAAUUGCACCAACGAAAAAGAGAACUCAAGUGGUUUUCACUCAUUUUCUAUUAAUGCCACAGACUACUGGAAUUCCAUCACUUCAAAAAUAUCUGCGGUUUACUCUUCUAUCUAAAUUACGUUUAUAAUGUCAAACUGUUGAUUCUUUAGUACAUAUAUCCAUGUCUGUAUACAUAUUAGUACAAUAGUGAACGGUUAUAACCGUUCAAUGUUCCAUAACUUAACUCGAGCAGUUGAUUGGCGGAACACUUAUCUCAAUUGGUAUAAUUUGCAUAAGUACCAGUACAAAACAUUUGGUAAAUUCAUAUCUGAAGGAUGGCCUCUACACACCGUUUGUACAAUGGGGAUGUUCUUACCAUACUUUACCACGUUGAUUAGUAUGGAUUGAUGAUGAUGGGAAGCAUAGUAUAGCGCAAUUCAUAAUAAAGGUUUUUGGGUUAAAUCACGUAAGCAUAUAUAUUGUGUCGUGAACCCACCACCACUUGACAGCCAAUUCUUUAGGGUUGUCACGGGAACAAAAGGUGCUAAUUAUAUAAUUACUUCAUCGCAUCGGUGCGAUGGGAAGUAAG